UGUGGCCCAUGAAAGGAAGCAGCCGGCACGUGCAGCCGGCGCGUGCGGCGGCUCGCUCAAUGCACGCGCCGGCAGAUGGUUGGGCGCCUGCGUCGGCUUCCCCCUCCCCCCAUUACUUGCACCGCGCGCCGGCCGGCGUGCGCCCACUCUCCGCCGGUUAUUAGGUGAGCCGCGGCCCAGCGCAUGAUGCGAGUCGUGCGCCGCGAAUUCGUCGGCCCAACGCGCACCCGCAAACGCAGGCUUGUGUUGCGAGUGCGCUGCUGACAGCUUCGGCGGCGGGACUCAUAGAUCACGCUUCGGAAUGCCAGCAGUACGCAGAGAAAGUGUUCUGCGACCCCUUCGCCUUUACGGAAUGUCCAUGCUCAGGUCCUUGGACGGCGCCACGUAGCGCGGGGCAUGCCGACGCCUGGUUGCAGCAGCAACAGCAGCGACGAUGGCAGCCAGCUGGACUGGGCCAUCGCGGGAUACCGAGCCUGCGCCCAGGAGGCCCUGCGGUUUCUCAUCGAGCAGGAGCAACUGCCAGGCAACGACCCCGUGGUGCUAGGCCUCUGGCGGCAUCUAGCCCUACAGGAACUCACCAUGGACGUAGACUGUGUGAUUAGCCAGCAAGCGGCAGAAGGCGACAUGCCGUUGCCGGCUGAAGAAGACGAUGGUCCGUGUUGUAGUCCGGAGGAAGAAACAUCCCAGCAGACGCAUGAUCUGGGACAGGCACUGCUGAUCAGCCGCGACCCACUGCCUUCGAGCGACUGUCCGCAGAGUCUAGUCGACGCGCUACCUCCGGUUGGGCCGUCAUACAUUAACAGCGUACCGAUUUCGAGAGGACGGACAUCUCCCACCGCAGAACUAGGCCGUCAUCCUCAGGAAUAGUGACAAAAUGUACGCGCCAAGUUGGUGGACAAUGACCUCUGCGGUCACUGUUUCCGUGGAACGUCUCAUGGCGAUAAAUAAGUUAUCGAAUGCUCAAUGUUUACGUGCUACUUAUACUACCUACGUAUAUUCUAUAUUACGUCACGAAUGGCUAACAACUUUCGCUUUCAGUAAAGCAGUUUUCAUUGAUGAAUACAGGUACGCUG